AUGGAGCCCCGGGCUGCCGCGGCUGGCGAUCCCGAGCCGGCCGCGUCCCCCUCCUUCCAGGCCCGGCUCUGGAAGAACCUGCAGCUGGGGGUGGGCAAGGGCAAGGGCGGCGGAGGCGGGCGCGCUGGGGGCCCCGAGCGCCGCACUGCGGCCACUCCGACCCCGUCCCCGCCGCCCCCGAGGACCACGCAGGACGCCCUGGCCGGUGUGGGGAGUACUGGCAGCAGGUGGAGCGGCUUCAAGAAGCGGAAGCAAGUGCUGGACCGAGUGUUCUCCUCCUCGCAGCCCAACCUGUGCUGCUCCUCACCGGAGCCCCUGGAGCCGGGCAGAGCGGGCAGAGCCGAGCAGGGGUCCACGCUGCGCCGCCGCCUACGCGAGCAUCUGCUGCCCGUGGCUAAGGGGUCCUCGACAGCCGGGGGUUCAGCCGGAGUAACGCCUCCUGGCGGACGCUCUCCGGACUCAGCUCAUUCUUCUUCCGCCUCAUCCUCCCUGUCCUCUUCUCCCCAACCGCCCCCGAGGGGGGACCGCGUCCAAGAUGAGGGCACACUGCGCGGGGGCCGUGGGGUGCACCUGUGCCACCAAAAGAGCUCUUCUCUGCCUGGAACCGCGUGCCUGGAGCAAUUGCUGGAACCGGCGGCGCUACCUCCUGCAGAACCGGCCCGGGGUCCCGCGGAGUCGAAGGCUCAGCAGAAAGGGGAAGAGAGCGGCUGCAGCCAGAAAAUAAGUACAGUUGGAACCAGUAAUGCAGAUGUCCCUUUGGCUGAUCCCGGAAUGUACCAGUUGGAUAUCACACUAAGAAGGGGUCAAAGUUUAGCUGCCCGUGAUCGAGGAGGGACAAGUGAUCCAUAUGUGAAGUUUAAAAUUGGAAGAAAAGAAGUUUUUAGAAGUAAAAUUAUCCACAAGAACCUCAAUCCUGUUUGGGAGGAAAAGGCUUGCGUGCUCAUUGACCAUCUUAGAGAGCCACUAUACAUCAAGGUAUUUGACUAUGAUUUUGGACUGCAAGACGACUUUAUGGGCUCAGCCUUUCUGGAUCUCACACAGUUGGAGUUAAACAGGUCCACAGAUGUCACCUUAACUCUGAAAGACCCCCAUUAUCCCGACCAUGAUCUUGGAAUCAUUUUGCUGUCAGUCACCCUUACGCCUAAGGAAGGUGAACCCAGGGAUGUGACAAUGCUAAUGAGGAAGAGUUGGAAAAGAUCCAGUAAGUUUCAGACCCAAAGUUUACGACUGUCAGACCAGCACAGGAAAUCACAUCUGUGGAGAGGAAUAGUCAGCAUCACCUUGAUUGAGGGUCGAGACCUCAAAGCAAUGGACUCCAAUGGGUUGAGUGAUCCGUAUGUGAAGUUCCGGCUUGGCCAUCAGAAGUACAAGAGCAAGAUUAUGCCCAAAACGUUGAACCCUCAGUGGAGGGAGCAAUUUGAUUUCCAUCUCUAUGAAGAAAGAGGCGGGAUCAUGGACAUCACUGCCUGGGACAAAGAUGCUGGGAAAAGAGAUGACUUUAUUGGAAGGUGCCAGGUUGACCUGUCGUCCCUCAGUAGGGAGCAAACACACAAGCUGGAAUUACAGCUGGAAGAGGGUGAGGGCCACCUGGUUCUGCUUGUCACUCUGACAGCCUCAGCUACAGUCAGUAUCUCUGACCUCUCUGUCAACUCCAUGGAGGACCAGAAGGAGCGGGAAGAGAUAUUAAAGAGAUAUAGUCCACUGAGGAUAUUUAACAACCUAAAAGACGUGGGAUUUCUCCAGGUGAAAGUCAUCAGAGCAGAAGGUUUGAUGGCUGCAGAUGUCACAGGUAAAAGUGACCCGUUUUGCGUAGUAGAAUUGAACAAUGACCGGCUGCUAACACAUACUGUGUACAAAAACCUCAAUCCUGAGUGGAACAAAGUGUUCACAUUCAACGUUAAAGACAUCCAUUCAGUUCUUGAAGUGACAGUUUAUGAUGAAGAUCGUGAUCGCAGCGCCGACUUUCUGGGCAGAGUCGCCAUACCAUUGCUGUCUAUUCAAAAUGGUGAACAGAAAGCCUACGUCUUGAAAAACAAGCAGCUGACAGGGCCAACAAAGGGGGUCAUCUAUCUUGAAAUAGAUGUGAUUUUUAAUGCUGUGAAAGCCAGCUUACGAACAUUAAUUCCCAAAGAACGGAAGUACAUUGAAGAGGAAAACAGACUCUCUAAACAGCUGCUUCUAAGAAACUUUAUCAGAACAAAACGUUGUGUCAUGGUGCUUGUAAACGCUGCAUACUACGUUAAUAGUUGCUUUGAUUGGGAUUCACCCCCAAGGAGUCUUGCUGCUUUUGUGCUCUUUCUCCUUGUUGUCUGGAACUUUGAGCUUUACAUGAUACCACUGCUGCUGCUGUUACUAUUGACAUGGAACUACUUCCUAAUACUAUCCGGGAAAGAUAACAGGCAACGGGACACAGUAGUGGAAGACAUGCUGGAGGGCGAGGAGGAAGAAGAUGACAGAGAUGACAAGGAUGGCGAAAAGAAAGGAUUUAUAAAUAAAAUCUAUGCAAUCCAGGAAGUCUGUGUUAGUGUCCAGAACAUCCUAGAUGAAGUGGCUUCCCUUGGGGAAAGGAUAAAGAAUACUUUCAACUGGACUGUCCCGUUCUUAAGCUGGCUGGCCAUUGUAGCCCUCUGUGUGUUCACGGUCAUUCUGUACUUCAUCCCACUGAGGUACAUUGUUCUUGUCUGGGGAAUUAAUAAAUUUACAAAAAAGCUUCGGAGUCCAUAUGCAAUUGAUAACAAUGAACUGCUUGACUUCCUUUCCAGAGUUCCUUCAGAUGUACAAGUGGUGCAGUACCAAGAACUGAAACUAGAUCAUUCUCAUAGCCCGUAUAAAAGGAAGAAAAACAACCUUGGCUAGACAGCACCCAACACCGAGGAGACCAGCAUGGCUGGGAAGAUAAAAGAAAAACUCGUCAGCCUCCGCAGCACUUCCUCUCUGCUUUUUAUUUAUUUCCCCUUUUUAUCAUGGUCGAGAACAUUUGUAAAUAGUGUACAAAAGACAUAUGUCUUCGAAAACAUACUUCUUCUGUACAGACUCAACUUGAUAAGGGAUUUUAGUUAGUGGAUUGUGAAGGCCUUGUUAAGUAUAGAUACUAAUAUAACAAAAUGAAAUAAAAUAAUGGCUAUAAAACUGGAAGAUACACAUUUCUCUAAUCACCAGAGAAAGGACCAGAAUAUCAGAUGAAAUGCUCAAUUGUGCUCUAGUUAACCCUCCAUAAAACGUAAAUGCCGAUUUGAUCUCUAGGUUUUUUUGUAAUGUAACGAUUUCUUAUCUGAAAAGUAAUUCAUCAGUGUUUUUUCUUUUUAUGUUUAUACAUUUCAAACAGGGGAAACCCAAAGCUUGAAUAAUGGAAAUGUUGCACUUCAACUUAACUUACAUCCCGACUUCCAAUCCUGUGUAAAUAAAUUAUGUAUGGCUAAGUCUAAUUUAAGCUAC